AUGAACCGUUCUGGAUACUCAAACUACUCAGGGAGAAGCAAUGCACCAUCAGAUAACUUUUUAUACGUCAAGUUUCCUUGUGAUGUUCGAGAGAAGGUUGUCCUCAAGCUUUUUGGACAGGUAAGAUUUUUUUUAUUGGUUUAGAGCUAAUCAAUUGGUCAAAAAAGAUGUAUAUUGGUUACAACUUACUGUUUUAAUACCGAAUUUUAUGUUUUUGUCAAAGUCCUGGGUUACUCAGUUACCGUUUUGCUAAAACAAGGUUUUUUACAUUGUUUUCUGUCAGACUUAAAGCUGUUUUCGUUAUUUCAAUAUCAAAAUUUGGUGAAGUGAAUCUUACAAACUGCCUCAUAAAUUUGUUAAAACUAACUUUUUGGAUUCAUAGUAAAAUGUGGUAGAUAGAAAAUUGAAUUGUGUUUCUUUUGCGUAUAACACAUUAAUCAUAUUGGUUUGGGUUAUAAAGAACAUUUGAUUUUCUCUGAUUUUGGAGUGAUAUACCUAAUUUUUAGGUUGGAGGAGUUACUCAAGUAAUCAACAAACGUGAGCAAGGGUAUUACUUUGUAGUAUUUGAGAAGCCGGAAUAUACAUUGUUUGCUGCCAAGAUUUUUAAUCAACAUCCAUUUUUGGGCGGCAGACUCGUGGCGACACCUCGAUCUCACACUGAAACUGUAAGUUUGGCUUAUUUUUGAUUUUUUUGCAUUUUAGGGAUCAUUUACGAAUUUACUAAACAAAAUGAUCAGUGAACACAAUUUAAAUGUUUUUUAAAGCAAAUGGUAAUAAAAUACAUUUCAGGAUGAUUUAUACCGUCCAUGGCAAAGAGAACACGGUCAAGCAUUCAACUUUAGCUCAGGCACCAAAUAUAGUGAUCUAAAAGAACUUGAUUUUGAGAACAUGGAGUUACCAGGCACCAGUGAAACUCAAACUUUACAUAGUAAUAUCAAAAAUAGCUAUUGUGAUGAAAGUUAUGAAGAAACCCGAACAAUAGACAUGACUCUCUCGACACAACCCGAGAAUGGCAAUAACAGUAUAUUUAUUAGUGAAGACGAGGAGAUAAUCCUUCUAGAUCAAACAGAAGAUGAUGAAGAUCAACAUGAGGAUGAUGAUGUCUUUGAAGAUACCAAACCAAUGUCUCCAACGUCAGAAGAAGACGGAGAGAUUGCUACAGGGGAAUCUGAUGACGAUUGUGUUAUUAUUGAAAAGGGAAAAGAUGAUGAAGAGGAUGAAGAACCAGCAAAAAAGAGAAGAAGAUGGUGAAUAUUUUGUUGUAGAGACCAAAGUUAUAUAUUUUACGAUCGAAAAUUUUAAUAAUCUGUAUUAUGAUCAUUGUUUGUCACUUUUUUUUAAACCUCAUGUGUUUUAAACGCAUUUAUACCUUGUUAUAGUUGUAUCUUUGUUUCUUUUAUAAUACUUAAGUUAUUUUGCUAUUGUUUUCUUUAUAAGUCAAUAAAUGAUUAAUAACUUUUACACCGAUGCAAUGUCAUGGAUAAUGUUAUCAUUGAAGCGAAAUGAAGCGUAAACUAAAAGUAUUUUAAAGUUAGUUCAAAUAAUAUUUUACACCACAAAAUACUAUUCUUUCAGUCUACAAUAAACGUAUGGAACUUCGCUUUUUAAAAAUGUACGAGAACCAAAAACACUAACCAUCGUAUAAAACGUCGCUCUUGAAGGUAUACUUUCGGGCGCGAGACGUGCAAACGCUGCGUGGAGGAACAAUCGAGAAAACGUUCAUUUUUGUUUUGAUUCUGGGUUUGGUAAGCGUUCCUAGCUUCGAUAAUGUUAUGUAUUGCUUAUUUUACAUAUUUUUUGUCUUGGUUUAUCGAAUUUCGUUUAAACUCUACUAUAACAUAAGCUUUUCUUGAGGCAAAUGCUAUUGAUUCUAAUAAUUUUGUUGUUGUUUACGUUGUUCACGUCGUUUUAGAUUGUGUUCAUGUGCAUGAGGGGUUAAUGCUUUAUAUUUUGAAUAAUCUUACUUUGAAGGUUGUUUGGAUUUUGAAAAACAUUGUUUUAGUCUACGUUGACAGGGUUAAAAUAAUAGUUUAUAUUGUUUAGGUCUAACAAACUUGGUUUUCUGAAAAAGCGAAAAUAGCUUUGUAAAGGCUAAAAUAAGGUUUAAUCCAUCAAAAAAUGAAAGGAAAAAAAGUGGUUUUAAAAUAGUGAUAGAUUAUUCAAAAUGGAACGACGGUUUUAUAUUGUUUUGCCUUAUUUGUUUGCUCACAUGAUCAAAGACGGACAUUUCUGAUUUUUUCGCUUUCAAUUGGUUUGUCUUGUUUACUACUUUUAAUGAUGCAAUUUUAAUAUCAUAAUGUGUUUAGUAAGUCUGUUAUCAGCCUUGAAACUUAAUAAAGAUCGGGUUUGGUUUCAAAAGUUGUAGAACUGUUUGCACGGUGCAAGGUUUCUUAAAGAGCCUUUAUAGCUUCCUAUUUAAAACUUGUGUAAGAUGUUAAUGUAGCUAGCUUUUAUAUUUUGAUUUGGGGUAUGUUUGACGGUUUUUGAUGUUUUAGGAUGCCUGCGAGGUGCAGUACCUUGAACUUGAUUUUAUUGCACCGUGCAAGGGGUUUUUUUGUAUUUCUUUUGAUGAUUAUGCAUUAUAUAGCUAUUGUUUCUCAAUGCAUAGCACGAUUUAGUUAUUUUUUUAUCGUGCGUGCCAUAAUUUGUCAAUUUUUCUUACGAUAUAUUCUAUGUGCCCUUCUAUUAAUGAAAUAUUUUAGAGUCAACCAUGUCUACUGCCGAGCAACUUGCUGAAGAGUUCGAACGUGGCGAAACCGACGUUCGUACCGGUUCCGUGGGCAAACGCCCGAAAGGAGAGCAAGCCGAGCACAAGUACGCCCAUUCUGAAGGUGAUACCCGCAAGAUUGUGGCUAAUGCGAUGAACGGCGAAGAGAAGCGCAAGGAACAAAACAAAAAGAAUUGA